AUGCAAGUACUGCCCCAAGUGCUAUCUCCUCCAGCUAUGUACAUCGAUACGAAACCACCGCAGUUCAUACAAACACCUCCAUCCGAGCAUACUUACAUGGUUUCACCUGGUGCAAGUUAUACGUCUUGUGUCCCGGCUACAGCAACGGCUACGGUAAAGGUUGAAUCGCCAGUUUCGAUUCAGAUGACGCGAUCACCUUCUGAUGGAAGUAUAACAGAAAUGCAACGAGGCCAAAGUGGAACUAGUGGCGCCUCAACGAAAGAGGACAGUUUCGUCCAACUCAUGCUUUUGAAGGUGAAUAUGUCGCCUGGCCAAGUGGAACGUCUGAAGGCUGGUCGGGGAGGCGCAAACGGCCGUUCGCGUCCAGCUGGAGUAGCGGCACGAGUCACAAGAGAUAACUCUUGGCCUCAGGAUGAGGAUUCGGAUGAUGAGGAUGAUUUUGGAGCGGAAGAGCCAAGGAGAAAAGGACCCAAAACUGAGAGACGCACCGCUCACAAUUUGAUCGAAAAGAAGUACCGAUGUUCGAUAAAUGACCGUAUACAACAUUUGAAGACUAUUCUGGCUGGUGACGAUGCAAAAGUAUGACU